GCACGAAAACACCAAAACACCUCACAUUUCCUGCGCCUGAUUUGGCUUUGGAUUCUCAAGGGGACAGACGGAUAGCCAGACGAAAACGUUCACUUUGUUCUGGAGCAUGGGCUGCAGGAAAGAGCCUACCUCUGCAAGAGCAAACAUGAUUUGAAAAGAGUGAUUUGAACUCUUAUCUUUUGCUCUUUGGGAGAAAAGCUGACUGAAAGUAUGCUGGUGAUGAUACAGAUGAUGCUGGUGUUGUUCAGGUUGCAGACGGCAGGCACUUCUUUGCCUGAAACAGAAUUAGAGGAUGACUGCUUCCAGGUGGAAUUGGGGUUCAACACAUUUCUCAGGAGCAUCUCCAGAAACUCCACAGUCCUGAACAUAAAUCGGGAAAAGAUCUCAGCGAUCCAUCAGGGCGUCUUCACUGGUCUCCAGCACCUGGAGAAACUAACCAUAUUAGACAACGACAAGCUGCUGAGUAUUUGUCCGUCUGCCUUUGUAAAUCUCCCUCGGCUCUUCGAUGUCUUGAUUUCUCAGAACAUGGCUUUACAGAAAAUAGGAGCCUUGGCGUUUUCCAAUCUUCCAGCAUUGACAGUAAUAGAAAUAACCAAGUCAAAACACCUGACUUCCAUCCACCCAGAUGCUUUCAGGAGCCUUGUGGGCCUUCGCCGUUUAAUCAUCACCAACACGGGUUUGAGGAUUUUUCCGGACCUCUCCAAGAUCCACUCUUCCGCCCAUGGUUUCAUGUUCGACCUGCAGGACAACAUCUACAUUCAGGCGAUCCCUGCCAAUGCCUUCAGGGGCCUCUGCACUAAAACUGUUGAAGAGAUACGGCUAACCAGAAAUGGCAUCAGGGAGGUGGCAAGUGACGCCUUCAACGGAACAAAGAUGCACAGAUUGAAUCUGAGAGGCAACAAACAGCUUACUCACAUCAGCGGCGAGGCCUUUGUGGGUUCCAGUGAGUUGGUGGUGCUGGACAUCUCUGAAACAGCCAUCAGCUCUCUGCCUGAUAACAUCAUCGGUGGCCUGAAGAAGCUGUUGGCAGAAUCUGCUUAUCACCUGAAAAUCCUUCCUCCCCCUCAACAGUUCACCAAACUGCGCUCGGCUAAUCUGACGUACCCCUCGCACUGCUGCGCCUUUAAAAACAAGCAGAGAAGCAGAUCAAAGUGGAACCCACUGUGCAGCCACCCCAUGGCAAAAUACAUCACUGACUUCUAUAGCGGGGAGCACUGUUCCAACUCUACCUCCAUCAGCUGCAGCCCAACGGAUAACGACUUUAACCCCUGUGAGGACAUCAUGUCCCCGGUCCCUCUGCGGGUCCUCAUCUGGAUUAUCUCCGUCCUCGCCCUGCUGGGAAACGCUGUAGUUCUCCUUGUAUUGCUAGGCAGCCGCUCCAAACUGACUGUCCCUCGUUUCCUCAUGUGCCACUUGGCCUUUGCUGACCUUUGCAUGGGCAUCUACCUGGUCGUCAUAGCAACCAUAGACAUGCUGACUCACGGCCACUACUACAACCACGCCAUCGACUGGCAGACAGGCCUCGGCUGCAGCGCAGCAGGCUUUUUCACGGUAUUUGCCAGUGAGCUCUCUGUGUUCACGCUAACAGCCAUCACGGUGGAGCGCUGGCACACCAUCACACAUGCCCUGAGACUCGACCGCAAACUUCGCAUGAGGCAUGCAUGUGUCAUCAUGGCGGCGGGCUGGAUCUUCUCCUCACUCGCCGCGCUGCUACCCACAGUCGGGGUCAGCAGUUACAGCAAAGUGAGUAUCUGUCUGCCCAUGGAUGUGGAGUCUCUGGCUUCCCAGGUUUAUUUGGUUUCUCUUCUCCUCCUGAACAUCCUGGCCUUCAUCUGCGUGUGCGGCUGCUACCUAAGCAUCUACUUGACCUACCGCAAGCCCUCAUCAGCGCCGGCUCACGCCGACACCCGCGUGGCUCAGCGCAUGGCCAUCCUCAUCUUCACAGACUUCCUCUGCAUGGCUCCCAUCUCCUUCUUCGCCAUCUCGGCUGCCCUGAAGCAUCCGCUCAUCACGGUGUCAGACUCCAAACUCCUGCUGGUCCUGUUUUACCCCAUCAACUCCUGCUCCAACCCCUUCUUGUACGCCUUUUUCACCCGUACUUUUCGCCGAGACUUCUUUCUCCUUGCAGCCCGCUUUGGCUUGUUUAAGACUCAAGCGCAGAUUUACCGGACGGAGACUUCCUCCUGCCAGCAGCCAACUUGGACCUCUCCAAAGAGCAGUCGUGUGAUGUACUCCUUGGCCAAUACGCUCAGUCUGGAUGGGAAACAAGAGUGCUGAUUGUCAUCCAACUAUCCACCAGUACACAUUUAAGUGGAUCAUUCUGUAUUUAUUCCUGUUGUAGCCAAAAAGGUUAGAACCACAUAUGGCUGAUUUUCAUUUUAUGAACACUAAAGUUUGACAAAUUGAGCUGCUUUUAUUUUAUUGUUUUAGUGUAGAAAACUGCAUUGAUGCUUGAAAUGACAUCAAGUCUCUCUUUGAGGAUAUUAUCUUGUUUUCUUUUGUGCAAAUAUUCAGCUAAAAGUGUGUUUGCUAACCUUUAACUUUACACUAUCUCAAUACAGGAAGUGCCUGCUUUUAUUUUGAAACCACAUAGACCACCACUAGAGUGCUGAAAAAUUAGAACUAAACUGGGUCAUAGAGUGAUAAUAUUUUGUAAAUUUGCUUAGCUGGGUUGACGUGCCAGAUGGGUAGAGUUUCAGGGCUAAUGGGGGCCGUAAGGAGAAGUAAACUCAUAAUUUUUAUUUUUUUUCAUCUAAUAAACAUUUUCCAUCUGGAGUCCCAUUAAAAAUGAACUAGUUUUACUACUACAGGUUAAAAAUACUA